GGAAGACGAAAAUUGCACAUGGAGUGAAGAAAAGAGGUAUCCAUUAGAUCGCCGGCAAAAAUAUACCUCAGGAUGGAUAUACCUCAUUUAACCAACAUCUUGUCGAGUACUUUUGACCCAAACUUAAGAGAAGAAGCAGAAAAAACGUUGAAUGAGAUUCACAAGCAUCCAGGGUUCCUCUCGCUUCUUCUUCAAGUCGUUAUGUCUAACGAUGUACAAAUUCCUGUGAGACAGUCAGGUGUAAUUUAUCUCAAGAAUAUGAUUGUCCAGUACUGGAAAGAGAGAGAUCCUUCAGAACUUGCUGAUACUAGUGCUGCAUUUGUUAUUGUUGAGCAAGAUAAAGCUACCAUCAGAGAAAAUAUUGUGGAGGCAGUUAUUCAUGCUCCUGAAUUAAUAAGAAUCCAGCUUACUGUGUGCGUCAGUCAGAUUUUACGUCAUGACUUUCCUGACAAGUGGCCUGGAGUGAUUAACAAAGUGAAUGGAUUCCUGGCAGAGAAUAGUCAAGGGACAUGGAUGGGUGCUCUUCUUACCCUAUAUCAGAUUGUCAAGAAAUAUGAGUUCAAGAAGCCAGAGGAACGGCAAUUUCUCCAUAACAUCAUGCAAGUUCUUUUGCCACAACUCUAUGCAAGAGUUGUUGCCCUGAUAGAAGACUCAUCGGAGAUGUCAGUGGAGAUCCAAAAACAGAUUCUUAAAAUUUUCUUUGCGCUUAUUCAGUAUGUCCUUCCCCUUGAACUAAUUACAACAGAUUUUGGGAAGUGGAUGCAAGUAUUCCAAACUGUGGCAAGCAGAGAUGUACCUCCGGUUGCUCUGGAAGGUGAUGAAGAAGAGUUAGCUAGACUACCCUGGUGGAAAGCUAAGAAAUGGGCUCUGCAUAUUUUGUGCCGGUUGUUUGAGAGAUAUGGUACUCCAGGAUCAAUAACAAAAGAAUAUGAGGAGUUUUCUGAGUACUACUGUAAACAUUUUGCAGUAAGUGUGACACAGAUUCUUCUGAGAGUACUGGAUCAGUACAGACGAAAAGUGUUUGUAGCUCCAAGAGUACUUCAGCAAACCAUAAACUACUUGAAAAAUGGAGUUUCAAAUUCACUUCAUUGGAAAAUAAUGAAGCCCCAUAUCCAGGCAAUAAUCCAGGAAGUUGUGUUUCCUUUGAUGUGUUACACGGAAGAGGAUGAUGAACUCUGGCAAGAAGAUCCAUAUGAGUUUAUAAGAGUUAAAUAUGAUAUCUUUGAGGAUUUUGUCUCCCCUGUCACUGCAGCAGCCACGCUUCUUCACACUGUAGUUUCAAAAAGAAAACAAGUUCUUGACCCUACCAUGGUAUUCUGUGUCCAUGUCCUCAACCUCCCUCCUGAACAGAGGGAUCCUCGACAGAAGGAUGGAGCUCUUCAUAUGAUUGGCACAUUAGCUGAUGUGUUGUUAAAGAGAAAAAUGUACAAAGUACAGUUGGAAAACAUGUUAGUGCAACAUGUUUAUCCUGAGUUUAAAAGUUCAUUAGGAUAUCUUAGAGCCAGGGCUUGCUGGGUCUUGCACAGUUUUGGUGACAUAACCUUUAAAGAAGAAAGAAACCUUGCCACAGCAGUGAAUUCUGCCCGCAUCUGUUUAACUGAAGACACUGAUCCUCCAGUCAUUGUGGAGGCAGCCAUUGCUUUACAGUUUCUUAUAGAGAAACAAGAGGGAUCCAAAAAAUAUAUUGAGCCACAUGUGCGUCCAAUCAUCCUACAACUGCUGAAAGUUAUUCGUGAAACAGAGAAUGAUGAUUUGACAGGAGUGAUGCAGAAACUCAUCUCAACAUAUGGACAUCAGGAACAAGUGGCAAGCAUUGCAAUAGACAUUGCCAGAGAUCUGGCAAGCACUUUUGUUCAGUUGUUGGAUGGGGAGGAUAGUGAUGAGAAAGCUGUUACUGCCAUGGGAAUUCUGAACACUCUGGAGACAAUGUUGAAUGUGAUGGAAGGAUCUAAAGCUAUUGUACUUCAACUGGAACAAGUCGUGAUUUCUUUAAUAGCCAAGGUUCUAGAGCUGUCUGUAAUGGAGUUCUAUGAAGACAUUCUGUCCAUUAUCUGCACCUGUACAUGUUUUGAGAUCUCGCAGUCCAUGUGGGCAGUCUUUUACAUGCUUUAUGAAGCUUUCCAGAGGGAUGCCUUUGACUACUUUGCAGAAAUGAUGCCAUGUUUACACAACUACAUCACAGUGGACACACCUGCCUUUCUAGCAAAUUCAAAGAACCUUGAGAUAAUCUACAACAUGUGUAAAAAGAUGUUAACAGAUUCGUCAGCAGCAGAAGAUCAGCAGUGCAAUGCAGCAAAGCUGUUAGAAGUAACAAUACUUCAAUGCCAUGGACAGAUAGACCAGUGGCUUCCGUUUUACAUUGAAGCAGCGCUGGAGAGAUUGACAAGGGAGGUGAAGGAGAGUGAACUAAGAACUAUGUGCUUACAAGUGGCUAUCGCGGGGUUAAUAUACAAUACUCCCCUCCUAUUAAGUAUUCUGGACAAACUCCAUUUUCCAAAUACGAACGAAACUGUGACGGCGCAGUUUUUUAGUCACUGGGUUAGUGACUACGACUGUUUUUUCGGUAUUCAUGAUCGCAAGAUGUUUGUGUUGGGUUUCUGCGCACUCAUGGAUCUUCCAAAACAGAUGAGACCACAGGCCCUCCUUCAGUGCUCGCCCCAGAUUCUCCCGGCCUUGUUAGUGUUAUUCCAAGGACUCAAAAGAGCGUAUGAAAACCGAGGUGAAGGCGAAGGUGAGAAUGAAGAUGACGAGGAAGGGGCAUCUGAUGAAGAUGAACUAGCGAGUGACGAGGAUGAAAUAAACGAAGAUGACAUUCAGUAUAUUGAAAAUUUGGCGAAAAAGGCCGCUGACCACUUAGAUGAUGAAGAUGAUGUGGAAGAUGAGGAGACAGCUCUGGAGAAUUUUACUACAUCUGUGGAUAACGAAGAAACUGAUGAAUAUAUUGCGUUUAGGAAUUCACUCCAAGCCCUUCAGGCCAAUGACCCAGAAUGGUAUUCUGCUUUGACAAGUGUGUUAACAGAAGAGCAGGGCAAUUCACUACAGGAAGUGCUUGUACUGGCGGAACAGAAGAGAGCUUCACUAGAGUCCAGGCGAAUUGAACAGCAAGGAGGAUACAUGUUCACCAACAUGGCUGUGCCAAGUACCUUCAACUUUGGACAGUAACUGUGAAAGAUUUCUGUGUUGCCUAGCUCUUUCACGAAGGGACUACAAAUGAAAGUGUUUUUUUUACGAAAUUAAGGAAGUAACCUUCGAACAUAAUUUAUAUCGUCAGAUUGAAGAGACAUUUACCUUCUGACUAUUGACGUCAUGUGAGUGACUUUGUGAUUGCAUGACUUUUCUGUUAUGUUGGAAGCGUAAUUGGUGACAUACAGCAGAUCACGCAACACCGCAAUUUCGCGUUUCUGCCGUACUUGUUAUCUUGCUCGCUUUCUUCUUUUUUACACAAUAACAUCAAUUUUAUUUGUUAAGGGUCGAUUUUGCUGACCUUACGUCGAAUUAUUGUUUUCGGCAAACAUUUUGAUAAUGAUAUACCUUUGCAAAGUUCUAUAUCAAAUGAAAAAUAUUGCAACCUCAAACCCGCCACAGCAGGUGUCACGCUAGCUGUCACGUUGGCAGUCGUGCCCUCGCGAUACAUGAUGUCGUUUGGCAGCUCGAGAAGCGUCAAAGGACUUAAAAAAACUUUAGGAAAAUAGAAUUAAAAAAGAUCCGGCGUCUUACUUACAAAAACAAUCAAAAGUGUCGUUUAUGGUUGAGAAAAUUCUAAAUUUUGACGUGCCAGUCUUAUUACGGAGGGGGUUUCAGAUUUGGAACAGUGGUAUUCCAUAACGAACUGUUCUCAUUGUGAUGCAAAAUAUCACUUUCAAUACCGGAAUCCGAUCUUGAGACGGAAAUUCGCAGUUUUAGCACAACGGAAAAAAGGUAGAAAAGCGCAGAAAAAUCCAUUUUUUCUAAUCAUUUUUGAGAUCCUAUCUCGGAAAGAUACAAAUAACAAUCGCGCACUUUUCGUGGUGGAAACAGAAACAGUCGAAAAGUAUUAUGGAUAGCUGCCGGUUGGUAACGGGUUCGUUACCAAGAAUAAGACUGACUGUUAAAAUGACUUGAAAGUUCAGACAGCAAAGCUAUUUUAAUAAAAGAACAAAUCAAGUAA